AUGAAGCCAAGCCGCCUCAGCCAAGCAGCCAUAGUGGCCGCCCUCCGCGGCCAGACCCUCAAAAUACCAGACCUCAGAGCCGUCUUCCGCUCAUGGCCUCGUGCCCAUCUCAACCGCCACCACGCGCACAUUACGCCCAUUGUCGACAACGCCAUCGACCACAUGGCAGUGACGUACCCGCUCAUUGCUAGCCGGAAACGGGACGGCAUCGACCGUCUGACAGCUUUCUGGUACCCCCAGGCUCGCAAGACGCAGCUCGAGGCCCUGGCGCUGUACACGGCUUGGCUGGUUUGCUGGGACGACGCCGUAGAUGCAAACGAGGGGGACCUGGCUGCCGACUUUGCUCGGGCUGAACGGUGGAGAUGUCAGACGCUUGACAUGAUUCGGAGGGCUUUGGAAGUCGAUGGGACGAAUACGCAUGCUAAAGAAGCAGCAUACGAGGACGAUCCCAUCAACCGCGUGUUCCAACAGUUUGGGUCACGCUUCUGCGAAACAGCACUAGUCGACCAACGUCGCCGCUUACACUACGAGAUCCGGGCCUUCAUCACUGCAUGCGCCACAGAACAAAAGCUCCGCUUAGAACGUCGCAUUCCCGAUUUUAAUUCCUACAUGGACCUACGGGUGGCCACCGUCGGCGGCACAAUGCUCUGCAGUCUCGUCCCGUAUGCCACAAAUGAGCCAUUGCCGGCAGCUCUGGCCUCAGCACCCGAGAUCGGCCGGAUGUGGCUACAGGCUUGCAUCCUUCUCAGCCUCUUGAACGAUGUGCUCUCGCUCAAAAAGGAGCUACGAACUGACUGUGUUAUCAACGCUGUUUCGGCGCUCGUUGAGCCGGGGGUAAGCCUGGAUGAGAUCGUGGCACAAUUGGAGCAGAGGAUGAAGACAGCAGUAAAGGAGUUCGAUGAGGCAUCAGAAAGACUACUUCAGAUGGCAGGACCUGACGAGGACUUGGCAGGUCUGGUCAGGAGGCUGACUUCACCCAGAUACAAGAUUGCCAAGCUCGUCCAACAAGAUGGGUCAUUAGAGAUUAUUCUUUGA